UGAGCCCAGCCAGACCACACAGCUGGGUCCAGCCUUGGCUGGCUUCUGUCUGCCUAGGGGACCCCUGGGACCCUGUUUUUAUUCCCCGAGAUCAAAGCAACAAGUGCCUCUGUCCACAAUGAAUGUCGUCCUCUCCAGGGACAGUCAGGUGAGGGCCAUGGAGAACACCGUGACCAACGCGGAGAGAUAUUUUGGUCAGUUCUGCUCGCUACUGGCCUCCUACACACGCAAGACAGCCCGGCUGCGCGACAAGGCUGACCAGCUGGUGAAGCAGCUGAUGGACUUUGCCAACACCGAGAACCCGGAGUUGCGGGCUACCAUGAAAGACUUUGCGGAGGACCUGGCCAAGGUGCAGGAUUACCGGCAGGCAGAGGUCGAGAGGCUGGAGGCCAAGGUCAUCAGCCCCCUGAAGCUCUAUGGUGCCCAGAUAAAGCAGACCCGGGCAGAUAUCAAGAAAUGUAAACGUGUCCAAAAUAAUGAGAUCAAACAACUGGAAAAGCUGGAGAAACUGAGGCAGAAGUCACCCUCAGAUCGUCAAAUGAUUAGCCAGGCGGAGACCAGUGCACAGAGGGCCUCUGUGGACACUAACCGCUCUACCCACCACCUGGCAGAGACAGUGGAUGCCUUCCAGGAGCAGAAGCUGAAGGACCUCCGGAGAAUCUUCUCUGACUUUGUGACCAUAGAGAUGGUCUUCCAUGCAAAGGCAGUGGAGGUGUAUUCCAGUGCUUUCAGGACCCUGGAGAGCUACGACCUGGAGAGAGACCUGCAGGACUUCAGAGCCAAGAUGCAUGGAACUUAUGGGCACAGCGAAGCUCGGCCGCUGGCAGACGCCAGCCCCUCUCUAUCUGUCCCUUGGCCUCUGGCCAGCCAGAGUGUUCAGAGCACCAUGGCACACCAGGGGAAAGAUGAAGAGGAGAGUGAGGCUGACUCUGUGGAGGAGAUCCCCCUGGAGGACCUCAAGGGACAGCAUCAGGGACGCCGUGACUAGGAAGAGGAUCCUGUGGCAGGAAACAGCACUGCCUGAGAUCUUCGACCUCAUAACUUUCUCAACCUUAAUUUUAGAACAUGACCUGGCAGGGCACAAAGUUGUGUAACUAACAUAUAAAACACAGCAUCACUGGGGGCUUCUGGCAACAAAUGGGUGUGGAACCCCAAGAGAGAAGAGACUGUGCAGGUGGAGUCCCCACAGAAACUGCACUGGAAACCGGGUAUAGCCUAGGCAGCCGAUGGUCCAGGUCCUGACAUACGCUCCAUGGGGAUACAUGCCUGCUGUCUGAGACUAGUAUCUCCCAACA